GAGGACGAGGCUUCUCUGUUCCAGAUACUUCUAAGAUUGAAGACUGUUUGCUAGUGGGGAGACUCCGGCUCCGGCAGCCAGUUGGGCAGCGGCAAAGUAAAAUGGACAGUGAGAAACAGACGUUCCAGCCACCUCUCCAACGCCCAGAGGUCCCGGAGCUGUUCUCUGGAGAACUCCUUUUCCAGCUGGAGUCUCUGAGCCUGCUGGACCAAGGGAGCCCAGGGAGCGCCUGGAAGCUGCUCCUCGGAGAUGCCCUCGCCUGAGCAGUAAGAAUUUCCCGUUGAGUCCCUGCAUUCCCUCCACCUGAAAUUCCCCAGGAGAGAGGGGUGGAAGACCCCAGGGGGAGGGGCGAGGGGGAUCCUAACGCAGCACUUUCUCCCCUCCCCCUCCCCCUGCCGGGCGCGCAGGCAUGGAUGUGCUCAGCCCGGGACAGGGCAACAACACCACCUUGUCAGAGGGUCCCUUCGGGACACGCGGCAACGCUACUGGCGUCUCCGACGUGACCUUCAGCUACCAAGUGAUCACCUCACUGCUGCUGGGCACGCUCAUUUUCUGCGCGGUGCUGGGCAAUGCGUGCGUGGUGGCCGCCAUCGCCCUGGAGCGCUCCCUGCAGAAUGUGGCCAACUAUCUCAUCGGCUCGCUGGCUGUCACUGACCUCAUGGUGUCGGUGCUGGUGCUGCCCAUGGCUGCGCUCUACCAGGUGCUCAACAAAUGGACACUGGGGCAGGUCACCUGUGACCUAUUCAUUGCCCUCGACGUGCUGUGCUGCACCUCGUCCAUCCUGCACCUGUGCGCCAUUGCACUGGACAGGUACUGGGCCAUCACCGACCCCAUCGACUACGUGAACAAGAGGACGCCCCGGCGCGCCGCUGCGCUCAUCUCGCUCACUUGGCUCAUUGGCUUCCUUAUCUCCAUCCCGCCCAUGCUGGGUUGGCGCACCCCCGAAGACCGCUCGGACCCCGACGCGUGCACGAUUAGCAAGGACCACGGCUACACUAUCUACUCCACCUUUGGCGCUUUCUACAUCCCGCUGCUGCUCAUGCUGGUUCUCUACGGACGCAUCUUCCGAGCAGCGCGCUUCCGCAUCCGCAAAACAGUCAAGAAGGUGGAGAAGAAGGGAGCGGACACCCGCUUUGGGGUGUCGCCAGCCCCGCAGCCCAAGAAGAGCGUAAACGGCGAUCCGGGGAGCAGAGAAUGGAGGCAGGGUGUGGAGAACAAGGCAGGGGGUGCUCUGUGCACCAACGGCGCGGUGAGGCAGGGUGACGAGGGCGCCGCCCUGGAGGUGAUUGAAGUGCACCGGGUGGGCAACUCCAAAGAGCACCUGCCGCUGCCCAGCGAGGCGGGUGCAAUCCCUUGCGCCCCCGCCUCCUUCGAGAAGAAGAAUGAGCGCAACGCGGAGGCCAAGCGCAAGAUGGCCCUGGCCCGAGAGAGGAAAACGGUGAAGACGCUGGGCAUCAUCAUGGGCACCUUCAUCCUCUGCUGGCUGCCCUUCUUCAUCGUGGCCCUGGUCCUGCCCUUCUGCGAGAGCAGCUGCCACAUGCCCACCCUGUUGGGCGCCAUAAUCAACUGGUUGGGCUACUCCAACUCUCUGCUCAACCCUGUCAUUUACGCCUACUUCAACAAAGACUUCCAAAACGCGUUUAAGAAGAUCAUCAAGUGCAAGUUCUGCCGCGGAUGAUGGUGGAGGAGUAGUCGGCGAGUAGGCCCGCCCCAUCCUCUCUGCCUCCUCCAGCCCUCUGGAAUCAACACCUAUGAUAGCUCGC